GGUUGGUUGGUUGAUUGUGGUUUUUUUCCAAUAUAUUGUAGUGACACAUUUGAGGGACAUUCCUAUUAAAGAGAGGGUCCUCUGACACAGCUAUGUGUGUAAUGCUAAUGCUGUGCAGUGUCUGUUGGCCAUGUCUGUUGAUGCCUGCAAGCACAGUUAAGGGCGCUGCUUGUGGUCUUGUGAAGCGACGUUUGGUGCCUGCAAAGGAGGGACAGGGCAGGAGAAACUUGUGCAGCUUUUCCAGAGAGCUAUGUGAGAACUGAACUUUGUGAGAGUUUUCUGUGAGCACAGGGGCAGCUGCACACAACCUUCCAGCAGCUGGGCUGAGGGACACUGAGCAGAGUGGCUGAGUUGGGAGCUGGGCCUUCACAACUUCACAACUGUUAUUACAAUUAUACUUCAAGGAUUAGUUGUCAUUGCCUUGUUUAUCCACCACAUUAGAGUUUUCUUUCUUUAGCUUUAAGCUGUUGCUUAAAAAAAUAACAAUUCAUCUUUGUGAAGGAGCUCAGUGUCAUAAGGUUCAGUGCUCUCUCCUCAGGCUCAGGUUUGGGGCUCCAAUGGGUGCUGUUGUGGUGACUCCCGUGGAUUUGAAGUUGGCACUUGCUGCUGCUGCAGCUCGUCUGGGUUUGCAGAAGAGAUGUGUGAGCUUAGUGGGUCAAGCAGACGAAGCUGAUGCGGCUUUCCUGCUCUUUAACCCGUAUCUAGCUCUGUGCUGCUGCCUUGCGUUGAUGCAGAUUCUGUGGGGAGUGGAGGGUGGAUUGUGCGCUGCUGCAAAACUAGGAUUCAUUUUUUCUACUAACGGAAAGAUGAGGUGGCAAAAAUGGGUAUAGUGAGGUGACUGGGUAACUGCUGUGUUGACACACAACUCUCAGGCCUCUCUGUGAAUAUAGGAUGAAUGAGAGACUGAAUAAGAGGUGAGGUUUAGGAACAGCCAUCUAGGUGACUUCCCAGAGUGCCACACGCUCCUGUCAAAGCCAGCUGAGCUGAGUCUAAGCCAGUGCUGUUCCUGAGCAAGUGCCAAAGCUGCAUUGUCCAAAUGACGCCCUUUGCAGGGGCACAGGCUCUACCUGCAUAGAGGAAGAGCAAUCCACAGCUCCCAAAGGGCGUUGCUCCAUUCCUCCGGGCACUGCGGUGGGAAUUAGCUGAGAGGCAGCUGGAGGCCGUGAAGAAAUUUCAUUUGGCCAUGAAGACCUUGCAGCCUCACUUAUCUGUGCAACUGGACAGAGUGUGUGGACACUUAGAUCUUACAGCAUUAUAAACACCAAACUCUUGUUACCCAAUGACAGAGCAGAGUCUUUUUGCUUGUUUGUUUUAUGUGCCCUAAGUACAAAAUUAAGAGGUCCAGCCACCUCGCAAAGAGCUUACAGUUUAAACCAUGAGGAAAAAUGAAAGGAACAGCAGAGAGCAUCAGAAUUGAGCAAUAAUAGGAGGUGAGUGAAGGAGCAGUGCACAUGGUUGAUACAUGUGCUGGCUCCCGAUGAGCCUAAUUUUGAGUAAUUCCAUGGGUCUUGGGUGUGUAACCAACCCUCAGGACAUUUUUUUAAAUGAUUUCUCUGUUCUUGCAAGGGUUUUUUAAUGAAACCAAUACUGUGGGCAGGGAUUUGUGUCACAACAACUGUCAUGGCACAAGGAGGCAUGUAAUUAACCUGCAUUUUGUAUACCAUGGAGAGACGAUGAUUGUCAGAUUUGUGGCUGCAAUAUUAUGGAAUGAUGUCAGAUACGCUUAAAAAUAAGAACACUUGGUUCUCUUGGAUGGGGAAGUAAAGUGAUAAAGAGGGAAGGACUGAGAGGCACAGAAGCUUCAACACCUUUUUCUCCAGCAAAGCAAGAUAAAGUGGAUCUAUCUUCUGUGGAACAGUGUUUCAGGACAACACAGCCUUGUAAAUCAGAAGUGAAAUGUUAACAGUAAGUGUGGUGCUGCUGUUUUUUGUGGUGUCUCUGCUGUUUCUACAGUUUCUGAAGCUGCAAUGGAUGCGAAGACGAUUUCCUCCUGGGCCAACUCCAUACCCCUUCUUUGGAAAUAUGCUGCAGAUGAACUUCCAAAUUCAUCAUGACAUCCUUAAAAAGAUGGCCAAAAUGCACGGUAAUGUCUUCACCUUGUGGGUUUUAAACCGCCCUGUAGUUGUCCUACAAGGGUUUCAGGCAGUGAAGGAAGGUCUGACUGUCCACGCUGAAGACGUUGCUGGAAGGCCAACAAACUGUUUCUUUCAUGUUUUGACCCAUGGAAAUGGUGUUAUGUUCUCUAAUGGUCAUGUGUGGAAGCAACAGAGGCGUUUUGGACUUGCAAUAAUGAGGAAAAUGGGAGUAGGGAAAAAAGACCAGGAGUAUCGACUCCAAGAGGAGGCCUGUGACCUGGUGGAACGCCUGCGGAAAACAAACGGAAAACCUCUGGACCCCACUAUGCCUGUUGUUCAUACCGUCUCAAGCGUGAUUUGUUCUGUGAUUUUUGGACAUCGCUUCUCUAAAGAUGAUGAAAAUUUUCAGCGCUUGAUUGAAUCCAUUGAUACUAUAGCAGCAUUUGUGAACAGCGUCUCUUUUUUUGUAUAUGAAAUGUUUCCCUGGCUUGCAAGCCAUUUCCUGGCACCAUUUAAACAGGCUGUGUCCAGCAUCGAUUUUGUGAAUGCGCUAUUUGCAAAGGAAAUCAAAAGCCACAAAGAAAAAGCAAAACCAGAUGAAAAGCAAGAUUUUAUUGAUUAUUAUUUGGAUGAGAUAGAUAAAACUAAAGGAAAUACUGAUGCUACUUAUGAUGAAGAGAACUUGACCCAGACUAUUUUUGACCUCUUUAUAGCAGGUACAGAAACUACAGCCACCACUUUAUGUUGGGCACUGCUCUAUAUGGUGGUUUAUCCUGAUGUUCAAGAGAAAGUCCAGAAGGAGCUGGAUGCUGUUCUGGGUUGUUCCCGUUUCAUUUGCUACGAGGACAGAAAAAAGUUGCCCUAUACAAAUGCUGUAAUUCACGAGAUCCAGCGGUACAGCAAUAUAGUCUUGAUUGCGCUUCCCAGAGAGAGUGUGAAGGACACAGAGUUGCUGGGGUUUCCUGUUCCAAAGAAUACCAUAAUUUUGGCAAAUAUCGACUCUGUUCUGUCUGAUCCUGAAAAAUGGGAGACACCAGAUCAGUUCAACCCAGGACACUUUCUGGAUAAAGAUGGAAACUUUAUAAACAGAGAAGCAUUCUUACCAUUUUCCAUAGGGCACCGUGUGUGUAUGGGGGAGCUGUUGGCAAGGAUGGAGAUCUUUAUUGUCUUUUCCACCCUGUUGCGAGCAUUCACGCUCACCCUGCCAGAAGGAGUGAAAGAAGUCAAUACAAAGUUUGUUUUUGGGAGCACAAUGAAGCCACCUCCCUACCAGCUCUGUGCCAUUCCGCGGUAGGAGACAGUGCCCCAUAGAUUCGGGGAAGACUUACUCUGCAAGGUUGCUUCUGCAUGUGAAUCCCUUUUUGUAUGUCUUCAGAUUUUUGCUUUCCUCUUCAUUUGGUUAAUCACUGCCCUGAAAGAUGCUUUUCAGACAGUCGCAUCCUGAGGGUCGUACCUACGAAGCGUUCAUCUUUAAUUCUUGUUUUCUGUUUGGAAAAUCUUGGUUAAUUUCUCCUGAUGUGUAACAA